AGCAUUUUUUACUAGGAUAACUGUACUUUGGCUUGCUUUGUGUUCAUUUUACUUAAUUUCUUAAAAUAAGAUUUCGUUGUCAAAUAUGCCACCGUUUCCAUUUUCUCGUAGCUACUCCAAGCAAUUGAUGGGAGAUACCGUUCUCCAGAAUGUCUCAUCAGUGCAUUUCGAGCCAAUCCCUGCUGCUGGCGGCGGUGACGGCUCUUGCUCAUCAUUGAACUCAUCCCAUUCGGAUGACGUGCUUCAGCCGGGCAGACUUGAAGCCCGCUCUGGCUUAAUGCAUUCACAUUCCGCUCCCGAUGCAUCCUUAGGUGAAAUCAAAUUCACAGUGAAUGUGGGUCAGCAUCUGAUUAAGAUAACCGGCGAUUGCCAUAUGCUAGUUAGGAUGGCCAAGCUUGUUUUGGAUGAGUACUUUAGCCACUCAGAUUCCUUUGCUUCCAUUGAGCAUGAAGCUGCCUUUGGUGAUACAUCUUCACUGAGUUCAAUGACAAUGCCACCCACAUCAUCUUCUGAUGACAGUGACAUAGGAUUUAAAUAUAACGCCUUUUCAAUCAACAAUCUUGUUGAGGAGGACGAUGAAGUUUUUACCGAGGAAGAAACAACUGAGACAGUUUCCGAUUCUCAGAAUGGUCUGGUCCGUUUACGCCGCAGUCAUUUCUUACGCAACAAAUCUCAGGCUGAGAUUCAGCUUUCCAGUGAGAAACAGGAAAAAGAGGAUGAAACUGCACACAUCAUUUAUGAUGCUGAACACUUGAUUUACUUCUCGAAAUGUCCGCUUGCUUUGAGAUUGCCCAUUGAUUGGUCAAAAAUUAAAGAAACCUGUCCAUCGAUUAUACGCCAUGAGGAAAAUACUUCAAUAAAUUGACUGGAAUCGUCUCCUCUAUAUAUCAAUAAGGAAGAGAAGAACACAAACAUCAUCAAGCAACAAUGGUUGUCAUCAGAAAUAGUAACCACCGCUGACCAUUGCCCCUUCUCCUGUUGUAAAAUUUUAUAACUAACAAUUAAAAUAGUAAUAUAGUUUAAAAUAAACGAUCGUUAUUCCAUGGCUUUUUCGAGCUGCAGGUGAUCGUGAUCUAUAGAGUAAGCUAAUAAUUCUUUUGGCUUAGGAAUAUUAGAUAUUAUAUUGAUCAAUACAACAGAAGUUGUAAAAUUUUUAUUCAUAUAACAACAUAGUUUGUCUGCUAGUUACACACAAUAACAAUUCACAACAAAUGUAAUACCAAACAAAUUAAUUAAAAAUCAGUUUUGGCUGUAAAGCAGAUUAAGACUAGCAAAAGAAACUCAUUUACAUGUAAAGCACAUAUUAUACCACUAACAUUCAAAAUUAGUCUUCUAAAAUAUAUAUAAAUUUUUGAUAAUUCAACUUUUCGAAUGCCUAGAUAAUGUUGCUUUCAAAAAUACAACUGGAAGCAUGAUUAAAUGUAAACUAUGAUUAAUAUGACUUUAAAACGAGCUUAUGUAAAAAAACUAAUUAUAAGCAUUUGUUCUCUUCCAUACUCGCCACAUUUAAACUCUCUAAGUAAUAAGAAAUAAAGUUUUAAAACAUUUCGUUUAUUCCACAUA